UGUAGUUUUCUACAUAGUUUUUGCCCUGUGAUUGUUUUUGUUGAUUGUCUAUAUUCGUUGUCAAAGUAUGGUCGUAUCUGUGGUAUGGUUAAAGUGAUUAUUGAUGUAUUGGCACGUUUCCAGUUUCAGUGCGUCAAAAUAUUGAUCGUAAAUAUGUUUCGUUUACCAGUAAGCAGUUGUUUUAACUGGUAGAAUAAACUAGUUUAUUGUUCCGUUUUUUAAUAAAUCGUGAACCGUGAACGUUAUUAGUGUUUUCGAUUGAUAUACGAUAUAUCUAACAAUUAAAUUGGUAUAUAUUGGUUGUAAUUAAUUUGCAAUGGGAUCGUUAUUUCGUAGUGAGGAAAUGACUUUAUGUCAACUUUUUUUACAAAGUGAAGCAGCUUAUGCUUGCGUUUCUGAACUUGGAGAACUUGGUCUUGUACAAUUUCGGGAUCUUAAUCCUGAUGUUAAUGCCUUCCAAAGAAAGUUUGUUAAUGAGGUUCGCCGAUGUGAUGAAAUGGAAAGAAAAUUACGAUAUCUGGAAAAGGAGAUCAAAAAAGAUGGUAUUCCAAUGCUGGAUACUGGAGAAAAUCCAGAAGCACCACAACCAAGGGAAAUGAUUGAUCUUGAGGCCACGUUUGAAAAGUUAGAAAAUGAACUUCGAGAAGUUAAUCAGAACGCCGAAGCUUUGAAACGCAACUAUUUGGAACUGACAGAAUUGAAGCAGAUUUUAAGAAAAACCCAAGUCUUCUUUGACGAGCACGAGGGGGGUUUAAACCCCACAGAAUCUAUGACCCGAGCCCUGAUAAGCGAAGAGUGUCUUGCCCGUCAUGGCACCCUCGGCUCCGUACAGCUGGGCUUUGUUGCUGGAGUUAUUCUUCGCGAAAGGAUACCGCCCUUUGAAAGGAUGCUUUGGCGAGCCUGCAGAGGGAAUGUUUUUCUGAGGCAAGCAGAGAUCGAAACGCCAUUGGAAGACCCAUCAUCGGUGAGUUGUAUAAAUACAUUCAUUUUAUUGGUUUUGGGUCAAACACAAGAUCAUAGACAUCGCGUUCUAGUAGCUGCUGCGAAAAAUAUUAAAAACUGGUUUGUUAAGGUCCGAAAAAUAAAGGCCAUUUACCAUACCCUUAAUCUUUUUAAUUUGGACGUAACUCAGAAAUGUCUGAUAGCUGAAUGUUGGGUACCAGUUUUGGACUUGGAAAAUAUACAACUUGCUCUUCGACGGGGCACGGAACGAAGUGGUAGUUCCGUUCCGCCAAUAUUAAAUCGAAUGGAGACAUGUGAAAAUCCACCGACAUACAAUCAUACCAACAAAUUCACGAGCGCUUUUCAGGCGCUUAUCGAUUCAUAUGGAAUAGCUUCUUAUAGAGAGAUGAAUCCAGCACCGUAUACAAUAAUUACAUUUCCUUUUCUUUUUGCGGUAAUGUUUGGCGAUUUGGGCCAUGGUAUGGUUAUGGCAUUGUUUGCAGCGUGGAUGAUUUUUAAAGAGAAGCCACUGGCAGCCAAAAAAACAGAUAAUGAGAUAUGGAACAUAUUCUUUGGCGGUCGUUACGUUAUAUUCUUAAUGGGAGUUUUCUCAAUGUACACUGGCUUUAUCUACAACGAUAUAUUUUCUAAGUCUAUAAACGUUUUCGGAUCAAAAUGGACCGUUAACAAUAUCUCUUUAGAAAAAAUGAACAAGGAAAAAGUAUUAAUGCUCAGUCCUUCAACAAACGAUUACGAGGGAGUUCCGUAUGUCUUCGGAAUGGAUCCUGUUUGGCAGUUCGCUCAGAAUAAAAUUAUAUUCCAUAAUUCUUACAAAAUGAAGAUUUCCAUAAUUUUUGGUAUAAUUCAUAUGCUUUUUGGAGUGUCUUUAAGUUUACUGAAUCAUUUAUACUUUAAUCACCGAUUGGAUAUCAUUUGCGAAUUUAUUCCGCGAAUUAUAUUUAUGAGUUUCAUUUUUCUGUACAUGGUGCUGUUAAUGUUUAUAAAAUGGAUUAUGUAUUUUCCUACUGAUGAACUGGCAUAUAUUAAAUAUAGUCCCCAUUGUGCUCCAUCGAUACUCAUCACUUUUAUCAACAUGAUUCUCUUCAAGACAACAGUCGUGGAUAAAGAAUGCGAUGCCCAUAUUUAUGCUGGUCAGAUGGCGCUGCAAAAGCUUUUAGUUGUUAUUGCUGUUUUGUGCAUACCAUGGAUGCUGUUCGCUAAGCCAUUCUUCAUACUUAGAGGUCAAAAGGAGAAAGCCUUAGCUAGUCAUCAACAGAUGCCUUCGGCCGUCGAAAAUGGAGAUACAGAAGGCCCUCUUCAAAAUAACAGCGUACACGUUAAUGGUGGAGCGGUAAAUAAUAGAUGUCCUGGUGGAGUUGAGGAAGGUGUUGGAGAACAUGAAGAAGACGUUAGCGAGAUGUUCAUACAUCAGGGGAUACAUACAAUAGAAUACGUAUUAGGAUCCGUAUCGCAUACAGCUUCAUAUUUGCGACUUUGGGCUCUAUCUCUUGCCCAUGCGCAACUGGCCGAUGUAUUGUGGAAAAUGGUAUUGCGCAGAGGAUUCGUAAUUCAGGAUUGGAAAGGUGGAAUCGUAUUAUAUGUUAUUUUUAUGUUUUGGGCUUGCCUAACUGUGUCAAUUCUUGUAUUAAUGGAAGGGCUUUCGGCAUUCCUACAUACUCUACGUUUACACUGGGUGGAGUUUCAAAGCAAAUUUUACAAAGGCGCUGGUUAUGCCUUCCAACCGUUUUCGUUUGAAACCAUUUUGGAUUCAGCAUCUCAGACCCCGGAAGAGUAGACAAUUAUUUAAUCAAUUAAUUAUUAAUAAUAAUAAUGUAUAACACUUUCUGUACGUUCGCAAAAUCAUAUUGUACUUAAAAUGCUUUUAGCUAAACAUUUACGUAAUUUUUUUGUAAUGGUUAAUAAUGAUUAGCUUUAAAAAUAGUAACAAUGAAUGGUAAUCUCGCAAUUAGGAACAUAGCAGUUUAAUAAAAAAAUUAUUUACCUACAUAAUUAUUAAAAAUGCAACAUAAGAUUAUUAAAAUAUUAGUAAAUUAUUUAUCUUGGUAUGUUUUGAAUUUCAUUAAGUGUAUUAUGCGAAUUUAUUAUUUUUUUAUAGACUGUAUCAAUCUCUAAUAUAUCAUUCGAUUAAUGUUUGUGAAUGUUCAUGUAUUCCAGUUCUACUAUUAAUAAAGUAAAUGUUUUGGUGGAAAAAA